CAAUCAUUCCAGGUGGUCUUACCUCUGUUGUUCAACCACUUGAUGUUUGUAUUAACAAACCAUUUAAAGAUAGACUUCGUGAAAAGUGGAAUACUUGGAUGAGUUCAGGUAAUUUCACCUAUACCAAAAAUGGAAAUUUAAGAAAGCCUGAACAUAAUGUCAUUUGUAAAUGGAUUUUGGAGGUUUGGGAUGAAAUUCCGAAUGAAAUGAUUGUGAAAUCAUUUAAAAAGUGUGGCAUUAGUAAUGCAAUUGAUGGAUCGGAAGAUCAUUU